UAAUGAGGAAUUAUAUUCGUAGAUUUAGUAGUUCAGAAACUAGUUCAUGAGAUAGCGACAAUGUAUCUAAUAGGAGAGAGGAGACAAAAAUCUCUAGCCGAAGGAUUCGCUGUGCCUUUGAGACACCUAAAUAUAUAAAGACUAAACUUGAGAAAUCCAAGGAGGAUACAGCACCAAUGUCAAGAUUUAAUUCGAAAAAAGAAAAUAUCACCGACCUUGGUCCUUUGCAUUGUCCUGUAUGCUUUUACUCAGAUCGAGAGAAAUGGCUGCUCUGUAAGAAAUGUGGCUAUAACUGCUGCAAUAUUUGUUGGAAAAAAAUUCUUGCUCGAUCUCAGAAAUGUCCCCAAUGAAAGGAGGAUGUAAAUAAGUCAAAGCUUGUCAAAAAUAAUGUUUAUGAUACUCUCAAAGAGCAGCAGAUCAAGUUUGAAAACUUGCUAAGCGAUAAGGUUGGUCGAGAAUGCCAUCCCCAUCAGAAGAUGGGCAAACACUUUUGAGAAAGCUGUUCAAGUUUCAUCUGAAUUCAGUGUAUAAAAGAAGGAAUACAUUCCGAUCAUGAUAUAUGCGAUGUCGAUGAGAAACCGGAAUUAAAGGAGAAAAUCAAAGAAAUCAAUGUCUUUUGUAGAGAUCUAGCUCAAGGCCCGAGGUUAUUAGACAAAGUACAACAUGAGCAUCUGGACUCAGUUAAGGAGUAUCGAAAAGCUUUGAAACAAUAUGCAACAGAAAUGAAAACAAAGCUUUCAAAACUAGUUGAUAAAGGUCUUGAACCUUUUUAUUCAGAAAUAAAAGAAUUAGAAGAGAAAAACAUGACUGUCGAUGAUGAAAUUUCCAGUUUAGAACAAGUCAUCACCGAGAUUGGGACUGAAAGCUUGAGGACUAUCAACAAGCAGCAACUGGUUGCUUCUUUUCAGGAUAAAUUGUUGAAUUCAGAAAAGAGCAGUCUCUUCAGCCUAGUUACUCCUGAAGGUGUUAACUUCUCAAAGGACAAUAUCGCUAGCCUUCUCGGGCUGGUGCCCGAGAAGGCAGAUCUGGAGAGAAUUGGCAAAGUGUUGAAGAAGGAACUGCUGGAGAAUAUUGAAAAUAAAAUUUAGACUUCAUUUAGAUACCAGAGGAUAG